AUGUCUGUCAUCCAAAUCACAACCAAAAAGGAGUUCGAUGAGCUCGUCAAGUGCAAAUCCGCCGUCGCCCUUCAUGCCAAAGCUGACUGGAGCGGACCUUGCAAGGCUAUCUCGCCCGUCUUCAAUAAACACGAUCAGGUUUACACCAAUGACUCCUUGACUUUUGCCAGAUUCGAAACCGACGACGUCGCCGACCUGGCCCAGGAGCUCAGCAUCAGCAAUAUCCUUGCUUUUUUAUUCUUCGAGGAAGGCGAAAAGUGUGACUCCGUGGUCCGAGCCAACCCGAGCGCCCCCAAAGACUCCAUUCAAAAACUCCAUGGUUGA